AAAGGUUCCUUCGAAUCCAUUACCGCACUGCGACAAGAUCCAUUUUCAAAAAAUCCACACCAGAAAUGUGUCUUUGUGCGUUUGGAGUGAGAAAGGGAAGUCAACGAGAAGGGAAGAAAAACACAUUUUAACUCACCAUCUGUGCUAUUCAUACAUUAUCAAAUGAAUCUGGAAUUUAUUUAUUUAUUAUUAUUAUUAUUUUUUUUUUUUAUAGUACAAAAAGUGAGCAUUGAGUUUUUGUACUACAUAAGUUGUAGUACUUGUAAUAGUCUUCGAGUUAUAAAUGUGGGUUUAUGAGCAUUCAUUGCAUUAUAUUUGGAGCAUUUAGGACUUACCAUACCAGAUAAAAUUCUGGGUUUUAUAAAUUCGAGAAAAUUCAUUGAAUUCAGGGUUGGGCACCAACUGUUUGAUAUUGUACGAAGGUGAGCUCACCCUUUAUAUUUUCUUGAAAUGAUCAAUUAGUUUGCUAGCAUUUGCUUAUUAUAAUCUGAUUAUAAGAAGGGAGAGUUUCUCAAAAUGGGGAACAGUGAAAGGGGAGAAAUGAUGGAAAUUGAAAGGGAGGAUUUGGAAGAAACCAUUGAUCAACACCAGGGGGAUUUGAAGAGAAUUCCUCCAUGGACAAAACAGAUUACAAUUCGAGGAAUUGUUGCCAGUUUGUUGAUUGGGAUCAUUUUCAGUAUUAUAGUGAUGAAGCUGAAUCUUACUGUUGGGCUUGUCCCUAAUCUCAAUGUUUCGGCAGCUCUUCUUGCUUUUGUAUUUAUCCGAACAUGGACGAAAUUGCUUCAAAAGGCUAAUUUUGUGACCACUCCAUUCACAAGACAGGAGAAUACAAUUAUUCAGACUUGUGCUGUUGCAUGCUAUAGCAUUGCCGUGGGAGGUGGUUUUGGGUCUUAUCUUCUGGGACUGAACAAGAAGACAUAUGAACAAGCAGGAGUUAAUACAGAGGGGAAUUCACCUGGGAGUUACAAAGAACCAAGGCUAGAUUGGAUGAUUGGGUUCCUUUUCGUUGUUAGCUUUGUGGGAUUGUUGGCUUUGGUCCCUCUCAGAAAGAUUAUGAUCAUAGACUACAAAUUACCUUAUCCAAGUGGAACUGCAACUGCUGUUCUCAUCAAUGGAUUCCACACUACCAAAGGAAACAAGAUGGCCAAGAAACAGGUUCAUGGGUUCUUGAAAUUUUUCUCAUUUAGUUUCCUGUGGAGUCUCUUCCAGUGGUUUUACUCUGGUGGAGAACAAUGUGGAUUCACCAAUUUCCCGACUUUCGGGUUGAAAGCUUGGAAACAGUCAUUUUACUUUGAUUUCGAUAUGACUUAUAUAGGAGCAGGAAUGAUUUGUUCCCAUCUUGUGAACUUGUCUCUGCUUCUUGGAGCCGUGCUCUCUUGGGGGAUAAUGUGGCCCUUAAUACACAAACAAAAUGGAGAUUGGUUCCCUAAAUCUAUACCAGAAAGCAGCAUGAAGAGUCUAAAUGGUUACAAGGUUUUUAUUUCUAUAGCUCUUAUUCUAGGUGAUGGACUUUACAAUUUUGUCAAGACAUUGUUUUUAACUAGCAGGAGCAUGUAUGAUGCAUUCAAGAAGACGAAUAGUCCUAAAGCAGCAGCAUCAAAUAGCAAGAAUCAAGCCCUUGAUGAUCUACAAAGAAAUGAAGUAUUUGAAAGAGAGGGCAUUCCGAUGUGGGUAGCAUGUGUGGGGUACAUGUUAUUCUCUGUAAUUUCCAUAAUCGUGAUCCCAGUCAUGUUUCCACAGUUGAAAUGGUACUAUGUUCUGUUUGCAUAUAUUCUUGCACCAUCCCUAAGCUUCUGUAAUGCUUAUGGUGUUGGUCUAACUGACAUGAACAUGGCAUAUAACUAUGGGAAAGUGGCUCUCUUCGUGCUUGCUGCUUUAUCUGGGAAAGAUAAUGGCGUAGUUGCUGGACUCAUAGGAUGUGGUUUGAUAAAAUCAAUUGUUUCCAUAUCUUCUGAUUUGAUGCAUGAUUUCAAGACGGGCCAUCUCACCCUGACUUCCCCUCGCUCGAUGCUUCUUAGUCAAGCCAUCGGGACGGCCAUUGGUUGCAUUGUUGCUCCUCUCACGUUCUUCCUCUUUUACAAGGCUUUUGAUGUGGGCAACCCGGAUGGAGAAUAUAAAGCUCCUUAUGCAAUCAUAUACAGAAACAUGGCGAUUCUUGGUGUCGAGGGAUUCUCGGCUCUGCCUCAUCAUUGUUUGCAGCUCUGUUGUGGGUUUUUUGGGUUUGCCAUAUUGGCCAAUUUGUCGAGAGAUACCAUGCCCGAGAAGCUUGGGAAAUGGGUGCCUCUUCCAAUGGCUAUGGCUGUGCCUUUCUUCGUUGGAGCUAAUUUUGCAAUCGAUAUGUGCAUGGGGAGUUUGAUCGUCUUUGUUUGGCACAAGCUCAACAGCCGGAAGGCGAAUUUGAUUAUUCCUGCAGUUGCCUCCGGUUUGAUUUGUGGAGACGGCUUGUGGAUUCUCCCUUCGUCUGUACUUGCUCUAGCCAAGAUCAACCCUCCAGUCUGCAUGAACUUUUUGCCUGGGACGAGUUCAUGAAAACUUGAAGUGCACAUUUGGAUUAUACAGGACUGAGUCUAAUCUUUCCAAUCGAACAUGUUAGAGUUAUGCUAGAAUAUGGGCUUCAAGAACAAUUUUGGGUUGUUAGUGGAUGACAUGGACAAAGAUAACCUUCGUGUUUGGCUAAGCAUAAAAAGUUUUACUUACAA